AUGACUCCUUUCGGUACACAACUUGCAUCAACAGAUAUGGCCGAAGAUCAUCACAGUGAGGCAGAUAUGGUGUUUACUUACAACAUGAAGCAUCCAUUCCCCAGGCUGCCGACCAAGCUUCGAAUGAGAAUAUGGCUCUUAAGCUUACCAAACACCCGAACAGUUUCGAUUCGAUGCGACACAUCCCAUUCAACCUGGGGAACUUCUCCAGCAAAAGUCCCGGCCAUCUUACACGCUUGCCGCGAAUCAAGACAAGAAGCCAUACGAUUCUAUGGUAACUUGAAAUUCGGAAUAGCUGGAGUACCAAAGAUUUACUUCAACCCCGAAGUCGACGUCUUACACUUUGGUCCACUAAAAGGUUUCAUGGCGGCAUCCGCACAGUACUUUACAGCCAUGUCUUUGUGCGAUGCGUCAGAUCUGAUGGACGUCCGCUACUUGGCCAUCGACGAUUCCGUUUUCGGAAACGGACUCGACAGGGGCUUCGUCUCUGAACUGGUUACGCGGACCAUUCGUCAACUUCCACGGCGUAUGCCGGGGCUGAAGGGAAUCGUGUUUGUGCGCAGUAAAGCUGUGUCCGUGUUUCGAGAGACUGAGAAUUAUUGCAGAGACCUUCAGGCGCUGAUUGGGGCUGCAAUACGGGAAGUUGCCGACGAAUUUCCAGACUGGAACGUUCCAUCGUGGUGUACGGCAACGACAUGUACGGAGGAAGACCGGCAAUAG